CAGACAAUGAGAAUUUAGUUAUUUCUCAGUCAUCUCCGUGGCAGAAACUCAAUUUCUCUUAGUUGAACUUUAUUUAAGCCAAUUGCUCUGCUGGACAGCUGUAUCCACCAAAAUCUCAUCCAUUCACAAUUUGUAAAUACACCCACUCUCCGCAGUAAGAUGGCAGCAACCACGCUCUCGAAUGCCUUCUCUGCAGGAGACAAUUCCACAGCAAUCAUAGUACCAAGCAAGCCCCAAGCUCUCGCAAUAUCCUACAAACAGCUCUCUGCCGAAGUCCUGUCCUUCCAAAAGAAGCUUGCCAAGCUCGGCGUCACACCCCAAGCCGCAGUGUCGAUCGCCCUCCCCAACACAUACGAAUUCAUCGUUGCGUUCUUAGCAGCUGCAUGGCAGAGAGGCAUUGCUGCUCCCCUAAACGCGGCAUAUAAGCAGGAAGAAUUCGAAUUUUAUAUCGACGAUUUGAAGUCGGCUGUUGCUCUUGUGCCAAAAGGCUCCUUUGCACAAGAUGGAGCUGCCGUUCGAGCAGCGAGGAAAUACAAAGCUGCAAUUGCAGAAUGCUACUGGAACGGACGAGAAGUAGUUCUGGAUUUGAAAGACGAAGGGAAGCUUAAGGGAAAGGGGAAUCAAAAGGUCGAAAAGGCACAACCUGAUGAUAUUGCCCUGGUGCUUCAUACAAGCGGUACCACCGGACGCCCAAAGGCAGUGCCAUUGACACACCGCAAUCUCACGCGGACAAUGAAGAACAUCAAAGCCACGUACGACCUCAGCCCUGCGGACCGCACCAUGCUCGUCAUGCCCCUCUUCCACGUGCACGGCCUGCUCGCCGGCUUCCUUGCGCCUCUGUACUCAGGCGGCUCCGUGAUCGUGCCACCCAAGUUCUCAGCCUCCGAGUUCUGGGACGACUUCAUUACACACAAGGCGAAUUGGUACACAGCAGUUCCUACAAUCCAUCAGAUCCUCUUGAAGAACCCACCGCCUCACACCAAGCCCAAGAUCCGCUUUAUCAGAUCAUGUUCCUCCCCAUUAUCACCCACUACCUUCCACCAGCUGGAAGAAACAUACGGUGCCCCCGUCCUCGAAGCCUACGCCAUGACCGAAGCCGCCCACCAAAUGACCUCCAAUCCUCUUCCCCCCGGAAAGCGCCAACCAGGCUCUGUGGGAAUCGGGCAAGGGGUCGAGGUUGCUAUCCUAGACGGAGAAGGCAAGGAAGUGCCCCAAGGCUCCGAAGCCGAGAUCUGUAUCCGUGGUGAGAAUGUCACCAAGGGAUACCUGAACAACCCGGAAGCAAACAAGAGCUCUUUUACCGGCAAUGGGUUCUUCCGUACCGGAGACCAGGGAAAGAAAGAUAAAGAUGGAUAUGUGAUCAUCACUGGCCGCAUCAAGGAAUUGAUUAACAAGGGAGGGGAGAAAAUCAGCCCCAUUGAGCUUGAUAAUGUAUUAGCAAGACACCCGAAGGUGGGCGAGGCAGUCAGUUUUGCCAUCCCGGAUGAAAUGUAUGGGCAAGAGGUAGCUGUGGCUGUUGUUCCAAAAUCCGGACAGAAAAUUACAGAGGAGGAGUUGAAGGAUUGGGUUGCGGACAAGCUGGCAAAGUUCAAGGUGCCGAAGAAGGUAUACUUCACAGACAACAUGCCCAAGACAGCAACAGGCAAGAUCCAGCGCCGCAUCGUAGCUGACACGAUGAUGAAGCAAGACAAGCCCAAGGCCAAGCUGUAGGACCCUUUUUCCAGGAAAACGAAGACACGAAACAACGGAGGAUGAAUAGAUUGUACAUAUACAUAUACCCAGACCGCCAAUCCCACGAUGAACAUACGUCCCCCCUAAACCAUAAAUCCAUCUACUCUCAAGACUUAACAUGUCAAAUCCCGAUCCUCCCCCUUUCUUUCCCCUUCCAAACAUUCCUCUCCCCUCCUCUCCUCUCAACCAGGCGAAAAGGGCUCACAACCAUCAUCCCAUUCCCAUUCCCAUCCUCCACAACCAAACUCCCCUCUUUCAGCGCCGCAUCCCCGUCCCCGUCCCGGCAAGCUGGCACUCGGGCACUUUGCAGCCUGGGGGGCGCCCGCCUCCCCGUGAACGUUUGCUCAGCUGCGCAGCUGCACAC